AUGCUCGCUGAAUUUCUCACUCUAUUUCAACUUUUUCUUCUCUGUUUAACAAGUUUACUCCUUCACAUUGGUUCCUCUAAUCCCAACGUGAGUUCUUCUGGUGACUAUAUUGCAAAUGAAGGUAUUGGUACAUCAUUUCUAGUGUUGGUUGCACCGAAAAUCGGUCAAUUUCAAAUAUGGGCUUCAACAUUAUACCAAGCAUUAUAUUUAUUCCUUCGAGUUUUUCUGCCAGCGUUCAUUUCAACAUUUUUCCCACAAAUAUCAACGUCCACGGAUCCUUUACCGUUUAAUUCGGUGUCAAUGAUUGGAUUUACCUUUAUGAUUGUGGGUGGUUUUGGAAGAAUAUGGUGUUAUAGAACAUUAGGAGCAUUUUUCACCUUUGAAUUAAUCAUUCGAAAUAAACAUAAAUUAAUCAAGACUGGUCCAUAUGCUUAUGUACGACAUCCAUCGUACACGUUUUUGCUUGUUUUAUUAUGGGGAUUCUUACUAGUUCAUCGACGACUAACAAACUUGUUUCCUAAUCAAGCAUGGAUACAGGCUCCGCUUAGUCCACUUGGAAUUUCAAUAAUCUUAUUCUCCGUAAUAUUGGUUCUUACAAGACGUGUCAUAAUGGAAGAAAAGGAAUUAGCAACGAAAUUUGGUAGUGAAUGGACUCAAUAUGUAUCGAAGACGAAAAGAUUUAUACCGAAAAUUAUCUAA